GUUGAACCUUGCGAGUGAAAGGAGAGAGAGAGGGGAGAAUGUAUGAAGUGUGUUGCUGGUUGGAAGACUGGGUAGUACAGGCUGUGCUGAACGAAGUACCAGAAAGCAAGUAGGUUGUUCUGUGGUGCUGAGACGGGUGUAACGGUACGACCAGUCGCUCGCGAGCUGUCACCGAAUCCUGUCUGUGUUGUUUUAGGGUGCCAUGUGUUUGUGCGUUGGAAAUGGAUUAUUGUAAUAAAUAAGUUGUGAGGCCCAGAAAAUAGAUGGUGUUGUGGGCAGUGAUUUUUUUGUGAAAGUUUUCUGGUGUUCUUUGGAGCGUUAUCACCGAGAUGCAAGUUUUUAGACAAAAAAAACUCAUCAUACAGUCUUAGUGAGACGAGCAUGAAGACCGAAUAGUUUCAUCCAGUAUGAAUUGUCGUACUUUUAUUGUAUUGCCGUGUCGUCGUAGAUUGUUAGAAGUUGUAGUGUCUGAAGUUCCAGGAUAAGUCGCUUUGUCUCGCUCUUUUGUUACUGAAUGUUAGUAAUUCCCCAAACUAUAUUUCUGAAGGCUGCGUGUUCCAUCAUAAAUAUAAAUAUCCAGCCAGAGACCAAAAGGCAUAAGCAAGUGCAUUAAUCUGAAUGAGUUUCAAGUCUCACCUCGUUCCAUCGGUGUAGCUCUGUUCUGUUACUACAGUAUCUAGGUAGGACAGUGGUGUUUGUGAAGUGUUCUGUAGUUAGAUGUGGAAUCUGUGAAUUUUACGGCUCUGACCAUGGAAACGGAAUGGUACGUUCAUGUAUCAGACGACGAACGAGACAGAAUGAAAGAGAAACCAUCUCCUCUCCUCGAAAAUAACAAUCCUACUUCAAAGGAUUCCGACUCACCAAAACAAUGGAGUACUUCGUCCAUCCCUGGUCUUGUAAGCCUGGAGGAAUCCAUCAUUAUGGAACAAUGCCCUACAAGCCCAGUGGACAAACGUGGUCGGCGAAAAUCUUGGCAUAUCAAGAUGGAGAGGAAGAGACGUAAAGGUGUGAUGGGCGGAUCUCCAGGCCACGGGGGUUCCGGCGAGAAACUGUCAGAUCGACAUAAGAGGCCCUCCUGGUGGAAUAUUUUCAUGCCUGACCACUGGCCUUCACGAUCCCGGCGCGCUUCUCAGGACAUCACACGCUCUAGCGACAGCAUCGUCCCAUGGCAAAGAAGCAAGAGUCGAAGUGUGGAUCAUGGGUUCAGCCCGCCUUUCGAUCUGGACUCUCUUCGCAGCAAGGUGGAGGGUCGCUUCGAGAGUGUUGGCAGGGAUUGUAAGUGCAACAGUACCAUCAAAAUGGAGUACGACUUUCCCAUAGUUGUCGAAGAUUAUGAUAAAACUGAUGACAUUCAAAUAUGGGAAACUGAACUUCAUGAUUUCAUAGUGUGGUAUAUUGUACCAGACUCAGAUGGCAGCAGCAGUGGAAAAGAGGUGGCGGCGUUGACCGAAAAGAAAAUGGCUAGGAGUCUUCCGCCAGUCAACACCAUCACUUACACGGUUGAAGCAUCUGACACCCUGACAUCAGUAGCUGCCCGGUUUGAUACGACACCUUCUGAGCUAACUAAAUUGAAUCGACUGACUACCCGACUGAUAUUCCCAGGUCAAGUACUGUAUGUCCCAGACAAGCAGGGUGGUAGUGCUCAGGGUGAUGAGGGGCCUGGCACCAGUGUAGACGAUGGUGAAGGAUCUGUUGUUUCUACACCUACAGCCACACAUCAACUGGAGGGAGACACUGAACUGCUUGAGGAGAAAGAUAUUCUAGACAACCUACGUCCAGUGUCCCCAAAACCACUGUUGCCAGGACAUAUUGAACGUGUGACAACACCACUGUCACCCCUGGCAUCACAUAUUGGUGCUGCUGCUCCUAGCAGUGAAGCUGAUGAUCGUCGAUCAGUGGCAGAGCAACGUAACUGUGAAAGAUUUCUUAAAAUAAAUGUUCGCCAUAUCACUGAUGGACAGGGUGUUGUUGGAGGUGUACUGCUAGUCACACCUAAUGCUGUUAUGUUUGACCCCAAUGUGUCAGAUCCUCUGGUCAUCGAACAUGGACCAGAGUCAUAUGGAGUCAUUGCUCCCAUGGAGUUUGUUGUUAAUGCUGCCAUCUAUUAUGAUAUUGCCCAUAUGAGAGUGGGACAUACAUCUGAUCUGCCACGGUCUGAUGUUCCUAAACCGGAGAUUUACCAUGCUCAUGGAAGUCACCACAGAUCAGCACAUGCAGUGGAAAACCCUCAAAACUCUCCAGGCAAAGACUCUUUACUAGUCAAAGAUGAAACGUUUCCUGAAUUGUCUGACAAUGAUGAUGAAAAUGAGAGUGUCUGUUCAUGUGGUGCCAGUGGUCGUGAAGGUGAUGCCUUUCCUAAGGCUUUUGAGCGUGACCUAGUUACACCAACCAACCUCAUGCUUCUAUCUUCAUCGGACAACGAAGCUUCAGAUAGUCGGAAGGAGGAGAGCAGGCAAGUGUCCUUUGAGUCUUGUUCCUCUGUCCAGCAUCAGAAGUCUCUCUCAGAUGGGACAGAUGGAAUAAAUGCAAAGCUUGCAAAAGGGGAAAAGAUAUAUAGUGUGGAAGAUGACAAGACACCUGUGGAUAUGUUUCAUACGCUUGAAGAAAGGAGGAGGUCAUGCCUAGAUCAUCACUGGGCCAUUCCAAGUAUUGAUAGAUCAUCAGUUGACAAGGAGAAUGAUGAUAUCGUAAUAACUUCUGAGGAAACGUGCAGCAACUCAAACGCUGUUGUUGGUGAAAAUGUUGCAGGAAGUGAUGAGACUGACAGACAAGGACAGCUAGUGAAACUUAGCUGUCAUGAUUCUGGAAUUGACAUUAGAGAUGCCAGUGUGUUAGAUUCUAUAGGUGCUGGGUCUCAUGUCCUACCUAGUCAAAUAGAACCUGAUCCUGUUUUACCUCAGACAAAGAAGUUGUUUUCAGAUGCAGACAUCAUUAAUGCAUCCACAAAUGAUUGGAUUCCGCCUAAGACUGUUGCCGAGCUGACGUCUGUCAUAGAUACUAUAGGAAUACAGAGUGGUGAUGCUUAUAAUAGGAAGAAGACAUCUUCAGUGUCAUUUAGCCUGGACUCGAAUGCUGAGAGUAGCGGAGAAGGCACUUGCGCUAGUGAUGGAAAAGAAGGAGCUGUAGAAUCUGGACAGAAGUUGGAUGAUUCAGAGAAGCCCGAGAGCCGUAAAAAUAAGAUGCUGAAACGUUUGUCAUACCCAUUAGCAUGGAUGGAAGGCUUAACCAGUGAGAAGGAUGAGAAGGAAGCCUUAUCAUCAGUACCAAACUCAGCUGAUAGUCAACAUCACUCUUCAGUGUUUUCUAAGGUGUUCUCAAGGCGUUCUUCAGUAGGUACAUUCAUCAGGCCACAUUCCUCCUCAUCAUAUUCUGACACCCGCUCUCAGCAGUCAGCUGCUCCAAAGUUGGACUACCGUAGUAUGGUGUCAGUUGAUGAUAUGCCAGAGCUGUUUGUCUCUUUUGACAAAUUGAUCCCAAGACCUGCUAGAUCAUGUGAGGACCCUCCUCUGUAUUUAAGACUACGUAUGGGCAAGCCAAUAAACAAGAAGAUUCCGAAGUCAACACCUAUUAUGUCAUAUGGAAAAAAGAAGAUGAGGCCGGAAUUUUGGUUUAGUGUUCCACGUAACAGGGUGGAUGAUUUGUAUAACUUCCUUCUCCUCUGGGUGCCACAUCUGUAUGGUGAGUUGGAGGAAAUGGACCCUAAAUCUCGAGGUUAUGAGCUUGUAGAAUCAGACACAGAGCUAUGGGAGGAUGAAGCAGGAGAGUCUGGUCCAGGUGGGAAGGAUGAACGUCGGGAAUCAGAUGAAGGAGAACUUUCAGAACUGACACGUGAAUCUUGGGAGGUACUGUCUAUGAGUGAGGAGCUGCGCCGGGCUUUAUAUGCCAGCAAUGCAGCUUCCCUCGACAUCGAGCUAUUCCUCCCAGACUUAGUUGGUGUUACCGAGAUCUUCUCAGAAGAGCACCGCAAGAAGCUAUGUCGCCAUCUCCCAGCUCGAGCGGAAGGUUAUGUAUGGACGCUUGUGUUCAGUACAUCGCAGCAUGGCUUCAGUUUAAAUUCACUGUACCGCAAGAUGAACAGACUGGAAAGUCCUAUCCUGAUGGUCAUAGAAGACACAGAACAUAAUGUGUUUGGUGCAUUGACAUCAUGUGCACUGAAAGUAAGUGACCACUUCUAUGGGACUGGUGAAUCGCUGCUAUUCCGAUUCACACCUGAAUUCCAAGUGUUCAACUGGACAGGGGAUAACAUGUACUUCAUCAAAGGCAACAACGAGAGCCUUGCUAUCGGUGCUGGAGAUGGGAAGUUUGGGUUAUGGUUAGAUGGAGACUUGUACCAAGGGCGGACUCAACGUUGCAACACAUAUGGCAAUGAACCACUUGCUCCACAGGAAGACUUUGUUGUGAAAACAAUGGAAUGUUGGGCUUUCAUAUAAGUGAACUUUAGAAAUAUCCUGAAGUCCAUGUAGAAGCAUUGAUUGCACUGUGCACUGUUUGCUUCAACAGAAAGUCUGUGUGAGAUAUGAACUAGCAGCAGGUGUUUAUUGUGGACACCCCUAUGUCAUAUGGAGGCGAAGUUUAAUCUUCGGUAGCAUAUUGUAAGGAUGCUGAAGCUUGUUAGUGAUCUGAUUCUCUCCCCCUAAUCCACCAAGAAAUUUAAACAUUUAUUGCAUUUGAGCUUCCAUAAUUGUUUGUAGAAUGUAUAUAAAUUAUUACUGCUAUUAUUUUAUUUUUACUUUGUUGAUUAUUAGUUGCAAAGUUUGAAAACACUUAGUGGAAGAGUUUUCCAUUGUGUUGACAUUGGUAAUUUAUAUAUACACGUAUAUGGAGUUCUGUUGCCAGAAAUGAUGAGGACUUGAAUAAUUGCAACCAAAAAAUAUUUGUGUCCCUUUUGAGGUUGUUUAUUUCUACAUUUUGUGUUGGUUAAAAAGUGGACUCGGUGGUUACUGUUUGGUAACAGACCAAGGGAAGCCAUGGUGCUUGAGUGUGUGUAUGUCAAGGGGAUGAAGUGGUUUGACAGAAUGUGAUGACGUCAGUGGCUAAAAACAGGAAACAGGUACUGCCACUGCCCUGUAACAUUAGAGAUUGAUAUUCAUAAGAGCUCAAAGCAGUAACUUUGAGUUUAGGUGUAUUCUUUUUCUCAGAUGAUGAUGACAGUGAUAAUGCUAGUGAGGAGUGGCCAUUCUCCUUUUCCCCUUUUGCCUUGAGGGGGAGGAGGGGCAAUAUUUUAAGUAGUUGUUGGCCUAUACGCAGAUAGCACAGUCCUGUGCACCAAGGCAGACACAUUAAUGUAAGGGAAUUCUAUAUGGAUGGGUCAUGUUUUGUACCAAACAACGAAUACUUUCAGCAGGGUUGUGUGAUUGAAGAUAUAUGAUCAUGUUUUGUGCUGUUCAUCUCACUGACUGGUUUUUAAUACACGAGGGUGAUUGUCUGGGUAUUUAUUUUUAUAGCCCUUAACAGUGGUUCAGAGUUACCAUGCACAGUUACUGUGGUGAACUGUAAAGCCAGUCCAUGACAAAAUUAUUAUGCCUGUUACAGAAUGUUUCCCGAUACAAAAAGUGAUGUGGAAACCUUGAGUUGUGUAGAAACAUAGUGAUCCUUAUUAUGUUGUGGGGUCGCACAUGUAACUGGUGGUUAAGCGCUUGACUUUUCAGUUACAAGAUGUGAGUUGUGUCACCAGAUCUCUGGAGGACAGGAGAGUGUGAUCAAAUUGGGAAUUUAUAUUUAAAUCCUUUAAAAAUUGCACUGGUACCAUAAGGAUAAAAUGGGGUCAAAGAACUGAUAAACUUAUAUUUGGUUGCAUUAACAGAGUUAUCUUUUGUUGUAAUAGUGUAGGAAUUUGCUUUGUUGCAGCAAAGUAUAACUGCAUUUUACUUUGUAAUCACAGCGUUGACUCUGGAUGGGAGAGAGAAUAUUUACGUAAAUUGUAUUCCAUAGAUAACAACAAAUGUUAUGUAAAUACCAGUAGUUAACAGCUGUUUGUAUAAUUUAGAGUGACACUUCUUUGAUACCAGAUAUUUAUUUCAUCUGUCAUUUGAUGGGAGUCCACGUGCAAUUUCAUUGUUUGAAUGUUACUUGGCAUCAUUGAAAGGCUUGGAGGUGAAUAAAAUGUUUAAGGUAGAGAAUAUAGAGUUGCGUGUUUAAACAGUGUUCCAUAAUUAUGCUUUUGGUCAGCAGUACCUCGUAUAUUUGAACUGACAUGAUAUAUAUACAGUUUUUAACAAGAAGUCUGUUUAUAAGUUUGUGUUCUUGUUUGUUACUAUUGUUGUUACUGUUAUAAUUUUUGUCCAUUAGCAGAUGUAAAAACAUAUGAUCUAAGUACAAGAAAAACGUUUCUGAAUUGUUUAAUAAGAAAUGAGGGUGAGGAGAUUAGAGCAUGCGUUUUACAAAUGUUGUGUUCUCUUCAUAUGGGGUGUGCCUGCUAGUUGGUUACAUUUGCUGCCUCACACCCAUCACAUCACUUGCCAAAUUUUAUGUGGUUCCACGAUAUUUCAUAUCUCUUGCUGGAAACAUAAAAUGUUAGAGAUAAUUUUUCAAUGUUUAUUGUAGCUAGGACAUGAUAGCUUUUCUCUUGUUACUCUAGCCUGAUAUUAAGACUACUGUCACAGUAUCGACAUAUGCUCAAACUAAUUCACACACAAGAAUCAUUAUAUCUGAAUUACUUUGUUAUUUAUUGCUGUUGCUUAUUACUGUGGCCUCUUUACUUUAUUAGUAAUCUGAUUUAAAUCUUUAAUGUUGAUAUUGUCUGUCCAAGCUUUUUGUAAUUUUGUGUUUCUUGAUUCUGAUGUAUUGGCAGUCCUGUAUUGUAUAAACUAUGUCAGAAACAACAAUUUAUUGGUUCUUGUUAUCUGUUCAUUUCUUAUUUCUGCCUAAUAUUGUAACUUUACUUUUACUUUGUUGUUUACUUCAACACUCUGCCAGGGAUUUAUUACUGUAUUUGCUUGGUAAACUUGUCUCGUUGAAAUUGGGCAUUGCCGAUUGAUUUGCCUGGAAGGUAAUCCCACACUUUCCUUAAAAUGGAGUAACUGUUUGCAUCUUUGUGUGUGAAAGAAAAAAGUGAUGAAGUUGUAAUGCCUUCUAGGGGAGGGGGAGGGGGGUUAAUUAAAGUAUUGGCAGAUAAUGCUUCCUGUGUUGCUUCAAACUCAUGUAUAGAAGGUGAGGUACGCAACAUUUAUUUUGUAACAGAGGAAAAUGUAAUAUCAUAUAUAUGUAUAAUUCAUUGUCUUUUCCUGUUGCAAACAGUGGUUAUAUUACACAGUUUGUUAGCUUACAGAAUUUAAGUUGAUGUAGAAGCAGUCUAGUAGUAGGUGAAACAUUUGACUGGUCAAACUUUAUGUGAAGUCAUUAACAGAAUAAUGUGGUUGUAAGUGAUUUGCACAAUUCAUAUGCCAGAAAUUAAAUGUCAUUGUAUCAUUACUGUUGAAUUGAGAAGUAACAUUAACUGAACAAUAUUAGUAGAUUAUUUUGAGAAAUGAACAUGGUGUUGCUGUAUACGUCUGGGUGAAGCGCAGCUUCAGCACUAAAUGAAAUUAAUUCACCUGGAGUAGUUUAAUUCCAAAAUGUAAUGUUUCAAAUGCAUAUUCCUGAUGUUUGGUUGUGAGUACGCGACUGUUGGUUCUUUUACAGUGUAACUUAGUACAGCAAAGUUCUCACCAUCUUCAGGAAUUAUGGGUAGUGGCUGUGUGGUGGUUCACAGAAGGUACUGGGUUUUGGUCCUUGAACCUAGCAGCAUAUCUUCCUAUGCAAAGAUUAUAUACCACAUAGACUAAUGUGUCAGACUGCUGCAUCUCCUGCAGUGUGACAUUUGAUCUUCAUAUCAAUGCCAUGAAUUUAAGUCUGGCGACUAGUCAGUUUUUCCUAAACCUGUGCAGUUCCCCUCUUUCACUUUACCCAUGAGCAAUAUUUAAACCUCCUGCAAUUCUUUCUAUGAAAGGGAAUAUCUGAACCUCCUAUAAAAAUAUUUUUAAGCAUCUCUGUUAUAGUUUAAAGACAGGAGAAAGGCCUUUUGAAACACAAUUAAAAAAACUUGUUCUGUGAUUUUGAUAUUAUAUAAAAUGAGAAAAUAUGAAUGCGGCUUUUUGUCUGUAGUUUUAAAGUAUUUAUAAUAAACAAGGGCUUUGGUGUGACAGUUUCAAGUGAAACAUGCUGAUGCGUAAUGUUUGAAAGAAUUGAACGCCCUCAACCUAAUGUCAAUUAGUUUACAGACUGAACUCCGCAGAUUAAAAAUACUUUUCAAGUUUCAUGAAGUAACUGUUGUUAUAAAUAACAAUAAAAAACUUAAUAUUGCAAAUCUGCUGGAUAUCUUGAGAUAUUUAAGUAAAAAUGGGGGGAAACUAGAUGAAUACCAUUUGCUCCUUACCAUAAAUAUAUUAUAUUUACAAACUGUAGGAACUCCAUUGCCUCUUACUAUAUGUAUAUAUAUUUAAAAAUAAAAUGACAAUUUGAUGAAAAUAAAAGUUAAAGUAGAAACAGAACAUAAUAAAUUUUGUUUGCAGGAAGCCAGAGUCUAGAUAAAAAGAGCACUGCUGCAUUGUACUUGGACAUUGCCUGUUGGAAUGUUUUCUGUGAACAUGUGAGCCUUGUGUUGUGUUAUUAGAAGAGGUGAUGAAGGUAAGGCACAAGGCACCACUGGGUUCAGUUACAUUUUUUAUCACAAUUUGUUCUUGGAAAACAUUCCAGCCACCAAGUAGUGGAGUGUGUUGUGUGCACUGCUGUGUUAUAAACAAAAUGUGAGACUAAAUAUAUAGCUUUGUAUAUUUCCGUACACAAACACAUGUAUUUAUAUGUCAAAGAUCUUUGCUGUUAAAACACUAUGGCCAAAUUGUCUUUCCAAACCAAAACAUUUCCAUUCCAGAACCAUCACAGAUUGGGACAGAGAAUAGAAAACUGAAUGCUGAGAAAGAGUUGAAAAUAUCAUGACUUUCAUAACAGGAGUAACAGGUUUUUGAAUGAGAUAUUUUGUUUAAGGAUAAAAUGUGUUGAAUAUGGGAGUAAGGUUAUUUUUAAAGCCUACAUUAUUUUCUCAAAGCAUGUCCUUUCUUUAGGCACUUAGUAUAUUACAUAAGGAUUGUAAAGUGUUGCUAGAAAGAAAAGAUCUGUUGGUUUCUGGUUCUGUGAUAGAAGUCCUAUGGAAUAUCAGAAUGUCCAGGGGCAGUAUUUCAUGAUGUUUUGGUUUGGAAGUUGGAUGGCACCCUCACCACUUAUGUAACUUUAUCAGCAAGCUGUGCUGUUUGUGUUGAAUGACAACCAAACUACUGCUGCCAUGUAGUAUAGCUGAAUUUCUUAAAGCAGUAGGACACAGAUGAAUAGGCAGCUGUUGCUACCACCAUUAUAACUAUUACUAGAGAGCAUAGACUUGUACUAUUGUUGAAUAUUGAGUGUGACCUAUAGCUAUUCUCGUAUGCAUGUUGCUGUGUAAGAGAGAGAACUGUAGUUCUGUACAAAAUGUAUAUACAUAUAUAUAUUAUUAUUAUACAUAUAAUAUUAGCAAGUAUCAUAAAGAAACAAUAGAUGACUCUAUAUUAGUUACCAGUCAAUAUUCAGUUGAAGGAAGUGGAUGGAAUGUUGCUAAAGCUGUAAUCUCAGAAAACUAAAAUCUUGUUAACAGCCUGGGAAACAAAAAGCAGAGAAAGGGGAAAAAAUAAAAUAAAAUGGCCAGUGUUGGUGUCUAAUUCAA